CGGGGACCAGGGGGAUACACCGGGACUGGGAUCAGGACCGGGACCAGUUUUCGGGAGGGCAAAGAACCGACACCGGGGAGCACCGGGACCAAGAAAGGGGUGGAAUCGGGACUGUGGGGGAAUACCGGGAUCAGAUCGGGGACCAGGAGUCGGGACGGAGGAUAAUCAGACCCGGGAGGACUGGGAUCGAGUGAGUGAGAGAGGCACCGUGACCGGACCGAGGGAUGAGCUGGGUUGGAGAGCGGGACCGCGGGGAGGAGGGAAAGGACGGGGACUGGACUUGGGGCACCACCGGGACCGGGCAGGAGGGAGCUGGAUGGAGGUGUCACCGUGCCCUCCUUGUCCCCAGCGGUCCCUGGGGCUCAGCAUGGCGGGCCGGGGCCGCGGCCGGGGCCGGGGGCAGAUGACGUUCAACGUGGAGGCCGUGGGGAUCGGCAAGGGGGACGCGCUGCCCCCGCCCACGCUGCAGCCCUCGCCCCUCUUCCCGGCCCUGGAGCGCCGCGCCGCGCCCCUGCCCGGGGGCGAGGAGGGCGAGUACAUGCUGGCCCUGAAGCAGGAGCUGCGCAGGGCCAUGAGGGGGCUCCCCUACUUCGUCAAACCGGGGGCACCCCGCAGAGACAUCGAGCGCUACUCAGACAAGUACCAGCUCUCCAACCCUGUGGACAGUGCCAUCGACUGGAACCCAGACUGGAGGCGGCUCCCACGGGAGCUGAAGAUCCGGGUGCGGCGGCUGCGGAAAGGCAGGACCGCUCCCCUCGUCCCCAAGCAACACGUGGCACUUGACAAGGAGGAGACUAUUAAGAAGCUGGAGAGCCUGGAGAAGAAGGAGGAGGAGGUGACAUCAGAGGAGGAAGAGGAGAAGGAGGAGGAAGAAGAGGGAAAGGAGGAGGAGGAGGAGGAGUACGAUGAGGAGGAGCACGAAGAGGAGACUGACUACGUCCUGUCCUACUUUGAUAAUGGAGAGAGCUUCGGCCCCGAUAGCGAUGAUAACGGCGACGAGGCGGUGUACUGACCCCGAGAGCGGGUACCCGCGAGAGCCUGCACCCCAUAGGCUGUGGGGAACUCCGGGAGUGGUGACCCUCCUCCAGCAGCGGGGACACCUUGAAAGCGGGGACUCCCCCACACUUCUGCCACAGCAGGGACCCUUUGCUCCUCCCACAGGACAGUGGGGACCCCCUCUCGCCCCUCUGGGGCAGCGGGAUCUCCCGUCAUCCCCCGCGCGCCGCCACCAGGUGGUGCCGGUGGGCCGGGCCCGCUGGGGGG